CCCGUAGACUCCACCGAAGGUGAUCCGAUGGUGGUGGUCGUUAGCGACGAGUAGCCGCGCCGCGGAGACGGAAGACUCUAGCGAACUCCAAGGCACUCCUCGUCUCGCUCGCGCAAGUGCACCGACGAGCCGCAGCGGCGGCGGAGGAGGAGGGACGGCGAGGUGGGCGCUUCGGUGCGGAAAUGGUGGUGGUGGACGCGUCGGAGUUCGGGGCGGAGGGGUUCGACCCGAAGCGGUGGAUCAACGCGGCGCUGGACGCACGGCACCCGUCGGAGCCGCUCGACCGCUUCCUCGCCGACGCCGAGGAGCGCCUCCGGUCCGCGGCCGAUGACGCCGCCGCCGCGCUCGAGCGGGACAGCGCCGACGCGCUCCGCCGAGUACCCCUCGCCUGCCGCGACGCGCUCCGCCUCCGCGACGACGCCGUCUCGCUCCGGUCCCAUCUCGCCUCCGUCCUCCAGUCGCUCUCCCAGGCUGAGGGCUCAUCUGCUGAGUCAAUAACUGCACUAGCACGAAUUGAUACUGUGAAACAGCGCAUGGAAGCGGCAUAUGCAACAUUACAGGAUGCAGCUGGACUAGCUCAGUUGAGCCAGAGUGUUGAGGAUGUAUUUUCUAGUGGUGAUCUUCCAAAAGCUGCAGAAACCCUGGCAACCAUGAGACAUUGUUUGUCUGCAGUUGGUGAGGUUGCAGAGUUCGCUAAUGUGAGAAAACAGCUUGAAGUAUUAGAAGAACGGCUAGAUGACAUGGUUCAACCUCGUUUAGUGGAUGCACUUUCUAACCGCAAGGUCGAUGCUGUGCAAGAUCUUCGCGGUAUAUUGAUACGUAUUGGCAGAUUCAAGUCACUGGAGGUGCAAUAUACUAAGAUCCAUGCCAAGCCUCUAAAGAAACUCUGGGAGGAUUUUGAUCUAAAACAAAGAGCUAAUCGGGUAGAGAUGGAGAAGUAUGGUGGAGAAAGCAUAAGUGGUGUCUCAUUCGCCAGCUGGCUUCCAAACUUCUAUGAUGAGACAUUACUUUACCUUGAGCAAGAAUGGAAGUGGUGUCUGACUGCUUUCCCUGAAGAAUACAAAUCACUAGUUCCCAAAGUACUCGUUGAGACCAUGGGUGAAUUGAAUUCAAGCUUCAUCUCUCGUGUCAACCUAGCAACUGGAGAUGUUGUUCCUGAAACUAGAUCAGUUGCCAAAGGUGUACUGGAUGUUCUCUCAGGCGACUUGCCAAAAAGCACCAAGUUGCAGAAUAAGCAUCUUGGUGCACUGAUCGAUCUGCACAACAUGACAGGCACUUUUGCUAGGAACAUCCAGCAUUUAUUUUCAGAGUCAGAUCUUUCAGUUUUGCUGAAUACAUUGAAAGCUAUUUAUUCCCCAUAUGAGACUUUUAAAGCAAGGUAUGGGCAAAUGGAGCGUGCUUUACUUUCUGCUGAGAUGGCAAGUAUAGACAUCCGUGGGGCCAUCGCUCGUGGUGUGGGUGCACAGGGUAUAGAGUUGAGUGAAACUGUCCGUAGAAUGGAGGAAUCCAUCCCACAAAUGAUAGUGCUUCUUGAAGCAGCUGUUGAGAGAUGCAUUAGUCUUACUGGUGGCUCAGAGGCAGAUGAACUGGUAUUGGCUCUUGAUGACAUCAUGCUGCAGUACAUAUCAAACCUACAAGAAACUUUAAAAUCCCUGAGGACUGUAUGUGGGGUGGAUAAUACUACACAUAGUGAUGCCUCUAAAAGGGAAAUUGGACUAGAGAAAAAAGAAGCACAACGAUUGGUCGAUGUUUCUGAAGAGGAAGAAUGGUCUAUUGUCCAGGGUGCUUUGCAGAUUCUUACAGUUGCUGAUUGCCUAACUAACCGAACCUCAGUUUUUGAAGCUUCUUUAAGAGCUACUCUUGCAAGGAUUGGAACCAACUUUACUAUUUCUGGUUUUGGUUCUAGCCUAGAUAAAUCAACUUCAGCAACUGGUGAUGAGAAUGCAGAAGUGCCUAUGACAGGGAGGGCAGCACUUGAUAUUGCAUCUAUUCGCCUCACUGAUCUACCAGACAAGUCUAAGAAGCUCUUCACUGUACUAGAACAGUCAAAAGAUCCAAGGUUCCAUGCUCUACCUUUCACAUCACAAAGAGUUGCGGCCUUCUCAGACACAGUAAAUGAACUCGUUUAUGAUGUGCUCAUAUCUAAAGUCCGGCAGCGUCUCAAUGAGGUUGCUCGCCUCCCAAUCUGGUCAUCGGUGGAGGAACAGGGUGGCCUUCCUCUCCCAAGCUUCAGUGCCUACCCACAGGCAUAUGUAACCAGUGUCGGGGAGUAUCUCCUCACUUUACCACAGCAAUUGGAGCCACUUGCAGAAGGUAUCUCAGGCAGUGAGGCUGGCAACGAAGAAGCUCAAUUCUUUGCUACUGAAUGGAUAUUUAAGGUCGCGGAGGGCGCCACCGCGCUGUUCACGGAGCAGCUGCGAGGGAUCCACUACAUCACCGACCGAGGCGCGCAGCAGCUGGCGGCGGACAUCGAGUACCUGAGCAACGUCCUCUCCGCGCUCUCCAUGCCGAUCCCUCCCUUCCUCGCCACCUUCCACACCUGCAUCUCCACCCCGAGAGACCAGGUCCGCGAGCUGAUCAAGUCGGACGGCGGGAGCCAGCUCGACCUCCCCACCGCUCAUCUGGUCUGCAAGAUCCGCCGCAUCUCGUCAGAUUAGCGAAAGCAGCAUGGUUUUGGUUAGUAGCAUCGCGUGCAUUCCUCCACCGUUUCCCCACCAGAUCCUGAGCAAAUUGGUCCUGCGACGAGUGAUUGAUAUGUGCCUUGCCUGUAAUUCUUUACCAUUCUGAAUCUUUGCGACAGUUUUGUCUCUGUAAUCAUGUUAAUCACAGAUAGAGAGAAUAAUAGAUGAACCGUGUAAAAUGCGACAUGUAAAUUCUUCAGUCGGCAGGUCUUGCAAGGGAAAUGAAAAGACUAAACGAGCU